AUGUUAAUAUCGAAGACUGAAAACGAGGAGUAGGGUGAAACAGCAGUUGAUUCAACUUAACCUGUAUGUCCUAAUUGUGGUGCAGCAAGGGAAAGUAUUUUGGAAUAAGUGCCAUCUCCAGCUUCAUUUAUAAUUUCCUUUGUCUCUUUGUUUUAUUUUGGAAUUUGGUGCAUAUUUAUCAUCCCUUUGGUGUUUUAAUCAACGAAAGUAUAUAACAUAAAUAACUGUCAAGAUGAUAAUAAAGAGAUGCUACUAUUGUCAUUAGGAAUUGGAAAAAAGAAAAUAUUUCUAAUUACCCAACAUCAACGAUCAAGUUCUAUAAUUUAGAUUUGGCAAUUGUAUAGUAGUAGUAUCAAGAAAGUAUGCAUUAAUUUUGUUGGCAAUUAUAAUCUCUCUGUUUUUUUACUUUGAAUAUUUCGUAGAGUAAGAGCAUCCUUAAAUUGAAGCAAAUGUCUAUGCGAACAAAUCGUGGGUUGAUUUCUUACAGUUUUGUGGCAAAUUUCAAUUUGUUGAUAAUAGCUUGAAAGCAAGACAUCAAUUUGAAACCCAUUUCAAGAAUAAAAUAGUUUCAUGGAAAGGGUAUUUUAUACAAAAAUUAAUUUUAGUGAUUUUAUUCAAACCAAACCUAAUCAUGAUCCAAAUUUCCAUUUCAAUUAUUGGGUAUAUUUAAAGAUGGAUCCCACAGAGUCAACUGAUGAAUUACCUGACAUAAUCAUUGGUGUAACCGAAUCUUAAUAUUCAAUUUCAACAUUUUAAAAAUUGGAAAAGGGCAAGCCGAUUCAUUUUGAAGCAAAGUUUUUGUUCUUAGGAUCUGAAUAUAACUUCCAUAUUUUAGAAUUAAAACAUCUUACUGUGAUACCAUCUGAAAAUGUGGAAGAUAUCAAACGCCUUCAUUAAUUCACCUUAGAUAUGGACUAAGUACAAUUAUUAAAGAGAACAAAAUUAACUGAUAAAAUUAAACAUACAAUUCAUAUGUACAGUCCCAAUUAAAAUCAUGAAAUUAAGUAAGUCAUAAAUAAAAUCCAAUCGGCUAAUGAUAUUCAGCGAAAUGUGGAAACAACAACAGAAAAAUAAGAGCAAGCAGAGAAUAAGAGCGAGGAUAUUAAAGAUACAGAGUCAAUUGAUAAGGAAUUGGAGAUGGAGGAAAAGAAUGAAGUUGUAAAUGAAUAGGAUGGGUAGGAACAAUUCUUUGAUCCUUCGACUAUCAACAUAAAAAUAGAUGAAUCAAUAAGAGAAGAGAUACUCUCAAAGGACACAGGCAUUAUAGAUGGAGUCAUUGAUACUGAUAGCAGCACAACCACUUAGGAUUGA